UGCUAUUCUGAGUCCCCCCACACUCAGCAGCCUUACUAUCAUCUUCUUCGGACACCGUUAUCUUUUAGGGCAAAAUCAGUUUACCGGCGGAAAUGGCAGCCAUGGCAACCACUCUCACCUCCUCCCUCUCCAAAACCCAAUUCUUCGACAACAAAUCGUCCUUCCACGGCGCCGCUGUUCCGACACGCGCCGCCCAGCCCAUCAAAUCGGCGCCCCAAACCCCCUCAAUCGCCAUGUCCGCCGCUCCUUACAACUUCGACAACUUCAAAUUCCAGCCGAUUAAGGAAUCCAUCGUGGCCCGCGAAAUGACGCGCCGCUACAUGACGGAUAUGAUCACUUAUGCUGACACCGACGUCGUCAUCGUCGGGGCCGGCUCCGCCGGCCUCUCCUGUGCGUACGAACUCAGUAAGAAUCCCGACAUAAACAUCGCCAUCAUCGAGCAGUCCGUCAGCCCCGGCGGCGGCGCGUGGCUCGGCGGCCAGCUGUUCUCCGCCAUGGUCGUACGGAAGCCCGCGCACGAGUUUCUCUCCGAGCUCGGAAUCGAGUACGACGAGCAGGACGACUACGUCGUCAUCAAGCACGCAGCGCUCUUCACCUCCACCAUUAUGAGCAAACUCCUCGCCCGCCCGAACGUCAAGCUCUUCAACGCCGUCGCGGCGGAAGACCUCAUCGUCAAAGACGGCAGGGUCGCCGGCGUCGUCACCAAUUGGGCCCUCGUCUCCAUGAAUCACGACACCCAAUCGUGUAUGGACCCCAACGUAAUGGAGGCCAAAGUGGUGGUCAGCUCCUGCGGCCACGACGGCCCCUUCGGAGCCACCGGCGUUAAGCGCCUGAAAAGCAUCGGAAUGAUUGACAGCGUGCCGGGGAUGAAAGCCCUCGACAUGAACACCGCCGAGGACGCCAUAGUCAGGUUAACUCGGGAGAUAGUUCCCGGCAUGAUCGUUACAGGCAUGGAAGUGGCGGAGAUCGACGGAGCUCCAAGAAUGGGGCCUACGUUCGGGGCGAUGAUGAUUUCCGGCCAGAAAGCUGCGCAUUUGGCGUUGAGGGCGUUGGGGCAGCCGAAUGCUUUGGACGGCUCUUACGCCGGAGCAAAAACUGGCCAGCCGGAAUUCAGCCUGGCGGCGGCGGAGAACGACGAGAUCGUAGAUGCAUAAAUGGCGUGAAAAAUGGAACCCUGAAUAAGAACAAGAAAGUCCUGUUUAGUGAGAUGGUGUAUCUGUUUUGCUUGGGAUUCCCAUCGUCUUCAAUGUUGUUGUAUUUUUUUUUUUUUUCAAUUAAUGAUCAUCUUUUAAGUUUUCUGUGUU